GUAGCAGGAACCUGGACUGAAUUGUUUUGUUUUUUACGAUGUGGUAAUUCCCCUCUAGAAUCCUUUGCUAAGAAGAACGCAAAUACUCCCUUUUCGCUCUCGUUCCGCAGCAUUUGUUUUGGUGCGAGGUUAUAAAAGGCAGAGAACGUCAUUUUGUAACGUAAUACAAAUCAGGAGUGGCUCAGUGCCACAGAACCCCCAUUUAUUGAUAGCUUGAACUUUCAAGUUUGAGAAAUUAAACAUGGGAUGGCAACAACAGAAACCUAGCCCUGAACACAACUUGAUCUAACACUUUUAGAGUUGCAAAUGGAUUGGCAUUGCUCCUUUUUAGUUACUCGGAUUCUGAACUAAAAUGUAAUUAACAAAAAGGCCGAACUAUUUGGCACCAGUUUUUGCAUGCUAGUUACUUUAGUCGACUGUCAUAGGCAGUGUCUGGCGUCUCACCAAGAUGCAAUAAACACCACAGGCCAUUAUGGAGAUGAUGUGCAAAAUAAAAAUACCACACCAGUGAAGGCUGGGGCUAUCGACAUAGUUUUCUUCUUAAAGACUAGCUGCGUUACCGUGUGAUGAUGCCGGCUCGCACCAGCCUGGCGACUGGAAUCCCCAGUAGUAAAGUGAAAUAUUCAAGGCUGUCCAGCACAGAUGAUGGCUACAUUGACCUUCAGUUUAAGAAAAGCCCUCCUAAGAUCCCUUAUAAGGCCAUUGCUCUUGCCACCGUGCUGUUUUUGAUUGGCACCUUUCUUAUUAUCAUAGGCUCUCUCCUGCUAUCGGGCUACAUCAGCAAAGGGGGGGCAGACCGAGCCGUUCCUGUCCUCAUCAUUGGCAUUUUGGUGUUCCUGCCAGGAUUUUACCAUUUGCGCAUCGCCUACUAUGCAUCCAAAGGCUACCGAGGUUACUCCUAUGAUGACAUUCCAGACUUUGAUGACUAGCAUUCACCUCAGCCUAGAGAGGAGUCAACAGUGCAUCCACUUUAAGACAUCAGACAGGAACUAUGGCUGAAGGCUGAGGAAGUCUACAAUUUGCAGAUGCUUAGCAAAACAAUGGCCGGAUUGUAUGAUUCCUUUUCCAAAAUGCUCAUGCUUUAUAAUUAGCUAAUUAGGAUCUGUUAUGUUUUCAUCUCCUGGCCCUGGCAAAGCGUGACAAGUUUUUCCACAUGGUUGUGCAUCAUGUAAGAAUGGUAAGGCUAAUUGUCUGGGAGACAGGAUAUUCUAUAGUGGAAAGCAUUACCCUCCUUGGAGGUGAACCUUUUCUUUGUCUUCAUUGUCUGCUUGUCUUAGGAACAUAUGGAAAAUGGAUUAUGUCUAGUUUCUUAUUACUAAGUAAUUUAUUUUUAAAAUUAACUUAUUUCUCAAACACUCUCCUCUACCUUCACGUCCUGGUAAAAUUAAAAUAUAUAUCUUAUCUCUCAUACUUUCCUCUAACUCCACAUCUGUGGAUGCAUCUGUAAUAGGCUUUUUUUUUUAAUUGAAUUUUUAAAUGGUUUAAAAUUAAAUGGCUUAAAAAUGGAGAUUUUAAACCACAAAGCUGGGUAUGGUGGCACACACCGUUAACACUUGGGAGGCAGAGACAGGUGGGUCUUUGAGUUAAGGCUAGCUCGUCUAUAUAGAGAGUUUUAGGACAACCAGGGCCACCUAAGGAGAGCCUGUCUCAAACAAGAAAAAGAAAAGUGAAUUUCGUCUGGUUUUCCACUAGCCUGCCCACCACAAAACUCAGGUGAGUCCUUCGUAGAUGAAAAGAUUGUGUGAAUCAUACCUUGAGGGCUAGACCUUGGCUGUUCUUAGUAAAACUAGAUAAGUGUACUUUAAAAGUUUACAACCCUCUGCUGGCACCUGCUCCUAUGAUAUCAUUCUGCUGAAGAUUACAAGACUUGGCCAAGAUCCCUGCAAAUGUAUUCAGUCAAAUCUGGUUUUCAGCUUUCAAAAAGUGGUAUAUGUUGGGUCUUUUUUGUUUUUGUUUUUUUUUAAUUAAAGCAUAAUUCAAAUUCUAGACUUAAAA